AUGUGCUGAUGCUGUGGGCUGUUCUACUUUUCUUCUAUUCAUUGCCUCAUUUGUCUCUUCGAUUUUGAGUCUACGCGUAUAAGUAAACGUAUACCAUAAGUGGUACUUGAUUACAAGUUAUAGUUUAUACCUCCAUCAAGUAGCUAUACAUAUGAAUACAUACAUUUGGUUCGUUGCGUGAAAUCAUGCAGCCAUGUAGUUUACAUGAGGAAUUUUAGAUAGUAAUUGUAUCAACCAGUAUCAUGUCUGAUGCUGGUGGAGGGGAAAAUGAGGUGGACUCUCAUUCCUCUGCCCUUGCAGAACCUAGUGACUCGGUUAAUCAAAGAGAAGAUGAAGAUCCAGAUAACGAAGCUGCCUUAAAUACCAACUAUGACAGUAGCGAUGGAGCUGUACCUAUAUUCAGGUGUGAACGAUGUGACAGUUACGAAACCAUCAAUAAAACUGCUCUGAGUGCACAUCAAGACCAGUGUAUGGUUGGUGGAGAAACGAUAGAGAGCGCCGAAGGAUUAGAUGCGCCUGAAAAUUAUGCUGAAGGAGAUGAAGGACAUACAGGACAUAGAUCUCAUAGAAAAAUGUUUGAAUGCGAUGUUUGCAACAUGAAAUUUUCAAAUGGUGCUAAUAUGAGAAGGCACAAGAUGAGACACACAGGUGUAAAACCGUACGAAUGUCGUGUAUGUCAGAAAAGGUUUUUCAGAAAAGAUCAUUUGGCUGAACACUUUACAACGCAUUCGAAAACAUUGCCUUAUCAUUGCCCCAUUUGUAAUAGAGGAUUUCAACGUCAAAUUGCCAUGAGAGCCCACUUUCAAAAUGAACACGUUGGUCAACACGAUAUGGUUAAAUCAUGUCCCUUGUGUCAUUACAGAGCUUCUACAAUGAAAUGUCUCAGACUUCACUUCUUUAACCGACACGGUAUAGAUUUGGACAAUCCUGGCCCAAAUAGCUCAAAUUCAAUUUUGAACAGCUGUGCAGCUAGCGAGGCCAUGUCUUCUGCACCCUUAUCAGACAGUGGUGAUAGCACUGGAAAUCGUUCGAUUGACAAUGCAACACCUCCUAUGCAUUUUCUCACACCUCACGUCGAAAUCUCUAUUCCAUAUCCAGAAGAAAUUGGCACAGUGCUUAACGUCAGCCCUACACCAUUAAAUGGUGAUUGUCCAAAUAGUCCACAGAGUGCUGACAGCAAUAGUAAUGCACCAACCAGUAGUCAUCAUCAAUUGCCUGUUAACAAUUCGAGUAGUUACAGCACUGGAGAAGGAGAACAAAUUAUAACUCCUUCCAUAUCUUUGAUUCCAAUAAAACAAGAACCAAUUAGCAAUGGAGCGUUAAAUGAAAAUGGAACUACAUCCAGCAAUUUAAGUUUGCCAUCAAUGAUCAAAGUAUCGCCUUUAAAAUCUUUACUUCGCGAAGAUUUACGCCGCAAACUUUCAAAUAGCUCCUACUGUAACAAAAAUGUUAACAACAAUAAUAAUAAUAACAACAACAAUAACAAUACUAACAACACUCAUUUUCGAAGCGAACCAACAUCGUCAACGAGACUGGAUCCGCGAAAUGAUAGUCUUCAAUGCAGUUACUGUAGAAUAACUUUUCCAGAUCAAACUCUUUAUUUUUUACAUAAAGGUUGUCACAGUGAAAGUAAUCCUUGGAAAUGUAACAUAUGUGGUGAACAGUGUUGCAAUUUAUACCAAUUCAAUUCGCAUUUACUUAGUAAAAGCCACCAAUGAACAGACUUGCAUAUUUUAUGUUUCUCAAAUUGACUGUUUCAAUUUUUUUUAUAACUACAUCAAUUUGGUCUGCAUAUUAGCUAGUCUACUUCCGUUUUUAUCUGUAUUGUUAAAAAUUGUUUUAAUUAUGUUUGAUUGUUUCAAUUUAUUUAAUGGACUUUAAAUACUGACUCUUGGUAACAAAAAUUUUCGUCUGUAGCAAUGAAAAACUAUCUAUUAGUUUGAUUAUUGACUAGA